AUGGCCAUACUCAACGACAGUCCAGAGGGAGACCUUGCCUCUCUUGCCGCUGAGAACGGGAACAUGGCGUUACUCGAAAAGGUCUUCCUGCAUCCGGAUUUCAAACAACAGUCAAUAUAUCAUCGACACGAAGCCUUCGAGGCUGCAUUGAGAGGGGGCCAGUUGGACGUAGUGAGGUUCAUCAUGGAGCCGCGUUGGGACUUGCCCGGAAAGGGGCCAUAUCGCACUCACAGUUUGAAUCAGCAUACACUGGUGUCCGGGGUCUUCAAAAGUCCAUCGGCCGAUUUCGUCACUCAGCUCCUUGGCCUGAUAGCCUCUCGUCCGAUAAAAGCCCAUGGUAUCGAAGCCGUCCAUCCUGGACACGACACACUCUUGUGCCUCGUCGCACGGAAGAGCCCGCAAAGAGUCGAUGUGGCAGAACGGCUUCUCGAGCAGGGGGCUUCACUUAAACAGAAGGCGCAUGUCAAGAGACGAGGAACUGAAGCCUCCUACACUGGUUCUGACAAUCCGCUUGAACAAGCCAUCAAAGGUGGCAACGAGGAAAUCCUUCGUCUGCUUCUGAAUCGUGGUGCGGAUGCCAGGGUCCUCGACAACGAUACUUUGGAAGUAGCUGUUAAACGAGGGCGUCUGGAUAUAGUGCGCAUGUUGGUAGAGAACGGUACGCGUGUCACACCGCGGCUCCCAUCGAAUGGUCGCAAGGAGCACUGGAGGUGGACAGAAGACAGGCUGAUGGCGCACGCCGUGCUUACGGAGAACGAGGCACUGUGCCGAUACCUGGUCGAACGUGGAGCUAUCGUCAAUGAACAUGCCUUGUGGGCCGCUGCCGAUGCAUCGCUGGUAUCAAUGGUUCGGUUUCUGGUCGACGUUGGGGCCGAGAUCAAUGAGCAGAUGAUCAAACGCGCGAAACGUUACAGUCAUCCAGACGUUGCGACCAUACUGCAAGCACAUCACAACAGCACCUAA